AAAAAGCUUUCCUCAAUAUCUUCUCUUCUGUUUUCCAUCCCAAAACGAAAGAAAUGAACAAUCUCUUUAUCUAGAAAUUGACGGAGAUUUGAACGACUCCUUCCUUCUCUCUGAUUCACAACCUCUUGCUCCAACUUCCCCAAACUCUGCAUCUCUGCCACCAAUUCAUCAAUCACGAUCGGUUUUUAAUCGUCACUACUUACCAUCAAAGGCUUGGGGGCUCUGCAAAAAACAAGAGCAGUGCCCAAUGGAUACUACUACUACCACUAGUACAUCAAAUGGUAUUACUAGCCCUGCUUCUACGACGCUACAACUCCAUAGUAUUGAGAAUAAUCCCAUCACCGCUAUGGAGUUGUCAUUGCCUUCCUUUCUAUCUCUGAAACGACACUGUUUUGGAAACUCUGCUCCUGGAGAGUUCUUCUUGGCUUCUUGUCCUUCCAUUGUCCUUCAUCUUCUCACUACUUGUGAUUUGUGUCCUCGUGACCUUGCCAGACUCGAGGCGACGUGUUCCUUCUUUAGGAACCCUGCAAACUUCUCUCCAGACCUUCAACUAUCAAUCUCAGAGGUUGCAGCGUUAGACAUUUGCCAAAAGAAGGCGAUAUUUCAACGCAUGGGAGAGGAAGACCGGCAAGAGAUCAAAAGGAAAUGCGGAGGCUCGUGGAAGCUUGUUUUAAGGUUCUUGCUUGCUGGUGAAUUAGGUUGCAGACGGGAGAAAUCACAAGCACUUGCUGGUCCUGGUCACAGCAUUGCUGUGACAUCAAAGGGUGUUGUUUACUCUUUUGGAUCUAACGGUUCUGGACAACUCGGACAAGGAACUACUGAUGACACUUGGCAGCCUAGACCAAUCAGAUCACUAUCCGGGAUCCGGAUUAUUCAGGCAGCUAUUGGUGCUGACAGAACAAUGUUAAUAAGUGAUGCUGGUGAAGUUUAUGCAUUUGGGAAAGAUUGUUUUAGCCAGCCUGGUUUAGAAGACCAAGAAACUAAAGUCAUCACAACUCCUCAGCGAGUCAAGUCCUUGACGGAAAUCUUCGUGGUUCAAGCCGCUAUAGGAUAUCACUUCACAGCGGUUUUGUCCAGAGAAGGGAGAGUGUAUACAUUAUCAUGGGGAAAAGAUGAGAGACUUGGUCAUGGAACAGACCGUAACUGUGUGUUGCCUAUUCCUUUGUUAGGUGCCUUGGAGAAUAUCCCGGUUGUUCAAAUUGCUGCUGGCUUUUGCUAUCUCCUUGCUCUAGCAUGUCAACCGACCGGCAUGUCGGUUUACUCUGUUGGAUGUGGUUUGGGUGGGAAGCUUGGGCAUGGUACUCAAACCAGUGAGAAACAGCCUCGGUUGAUAGAGCAGUUUAGUCUUUUGAAGAUGGAACCGGUUAUUAUCUCAGCAGGGACAUGGCAUGCUGCUGUGGUUGGGAGAGAUGGGAGAGUCUGCACGUGGGGUUGGGGUCGGUUUGGCUGCUUGGGACACGGAACAGGAGAGUCAGAGCUAGUUCCCAAGGUGGUUGAGGGACUAAAAGAUGUUAAAGCAGUCCACGUCGCCACGGGAGAUUACACAACCUUUGUUGUGUCUGAUGAUGGUCAGGUUUACUCAUUUGGUAGUGGAGAAUUCGCCAAUCUUGGUCAGCAGGGGGAUGAGGAUGAUAAUACUCUGACACCAAAGCUGGUUACGUCGUUGAAGGAGAUAAAAGAGCGUGUGGUUCAUGUGAGUUUGACAAACUCGAUAGCGUGGGGUGGUCAUACAUUUGCAAUGACAGAGUCAGGGACGGUCUAUGCGUUUGGGACAGGGGACAGAGGACAGCUCGGAGUGGAGCUUGGUGAUAACUUGACGGAAAGAGCUGAACCGGCUAAAGUUGUCGGUAUUGAUCUUUCUUAAGAGUAUUUGGAAAAGAAAACCCAUCUUCUUAGGUUAGGUUUUGCAUCAUCAUUGAUCUUGGUUAGUAAUGUUUUUAAUGAAGUGGUUGUACAUAGUAAGUUAGUAACAUGAAUGACAUUUAAGGAUUGUUAGAUGGUUUUAUUUUACUUUUGUUAGUUUAACCGACGAAAUAAGGAAACAAAUAAAUGUUUCUUUAGAUAUUCUGCUUUGCAAUUUUACAUUUUGGCGCGUUUAGCGUUUUUUUGUAAAUUGCAGUUGAUGACAAG